AUGGCUCCCAUUCCCAAGGGCGCGGACGCUGAGGCGCUGGAGGCACGCCGCCUCCAGCUUCUCGAAAAUGCUGGCCGCCUGGCCAGCAUGCGCCUGGUUUCAGACGCCUAUCGGUGCGAGAUGGACUGGGCCGUAGGCGGCAAGCCGACUCCCGAGGGGCCUAGCCGCCUCGGCACUGUUCGGCAGCAUGGCGUGACCAUCGCCAGCAUGUUCGGGGCAGAGCACCCUGUCCACGCCACGCCUGCAGAGAACAUCCAGGCCACCCAGGCGGUAACGGAUGAGCUGGACAAAUACGACGGCGACGAGUGCCGCCACAUGACGGAGCGAGUCCAGCAGCUCCUAGACGCGGCUGCCAUGCAGCACAAGGCCGCCUGCCGUGCUGAAAAACAAAAACACACCCACACCCUCCUCCCGGGCCUCCCUCCCAGCGCGCCGUCCGCCUCCCUCCACGCCGCGUCGGCCGUCUCCCCGCCGCGUCGGUCGCCUCCCCCCCAACGCGCCGGCCGCCUCCCUCCACGCCGCGCCGGCCGCCACCCUUCCCGCCGCCUCCCUCCACCCCGGCACCGGUCGCCUCCCUCCACCCUGGUGUCCCUAUCCUCCCUCCACCCCAGCGCCGCCGUUCGUCCUCCCUCCACCCCAGCGUCGGCCGCCUCCCUCCACCCGAGCUCCGUCAUCCUCCCUCCACCCCAGCGCCGCCCACCUCCCUCCACCGCCCAGUGGCCAACGGAGGUGCGGACUUUGCCUCGACCACCUGCUCCAACCCCCCGCCAUGACCCCACACCGCUGGAUCCCAUCCGUCGAGCGCCGAAUCUCACCGGCCCUAGAGCCACGAUCCGCCGGACCACCACAGCUCCCUUGUUGUCCCCGGCCGCCACCCCCCGCCCCCGAGCUCCACUCUGGGAUCCCGUCGUUUACCCGACAAGCUCCACCGCCGGUAUCCUAUCGUUGAUAAGCUCCAUGUCCAACUCAUGUGUUCGAUGGAAGUUCCACAUGGGGGACACUCGUUUCAAAUGCUCAUCUCCCAUACGCGAUGUCGCCACCAAGGAAAACCUCUGGGAAGCUCUGCUGGAUGGUGGCAAUGGUAGUGCAGAAUUGGAGAAAGAAAAAGAGGAAAGCCGUCCAAAAAACUGAACAUUUUUUCAUGUUUCUCUCUAGCCGAAUGAAGCUAGACUGAUGUACUACACUUCAUCUCUCUGCACAGCAGGUUCAUGUACAUCGACGAGAGGAGUUCACAAUAUAUAUCAAACAAAAACAUAGUUCAGGUACAGAGGGAGUCUGAUGCAUGUAUGCAUGUAGGGAGGUUCUCUCACUUUCCAUGCGGGUGGAGAAGUAUAAUGGGAUGAAAAAUUGUUUCGCUUGACAUGUACUUGCCAACAAUUAUGUAUAAUAAAUCAUGGCAUUGUAUGUAGAAAAAGAUAUAUUGUGUGUUCUGCUGUUGUAUUGAGUUGCUAUCUAUUGGUAAUGGUACGAAGUUGCUAUUGCUC